AUGACAGCCAACCCGAAACCGGAACACCCAACACUCACAGCUUCGAGGAAACCAGAGUCUCCAAUGCCGCGUCUCCAGCUGCCGCCCAACCUCAAGUUCGGCCCCUUCCCCGUCUCCCAGCAAGUGUUUCAUCUCUCGCGCUCCCGCCUAUCUUUUGGCCUGGUGAAUCUCAAACCCCUGCUGCCCGGACACGUGCUGAUCUGCCCGGUGCGAUGUGUGCCUCGUCUUGCGCAACUCAGCCCUGCCGAGACGGCCGAUCUCUUCAAGACGGCCCAACGCGUCUCGCGGACCCUAGAGCGCCUGUACUCAGCCAGCGCCUUUAACAUCGCCGUCCAGGAUGGCGUGGACGCCGGCCAGUCUGUGCCCCAUGUCCAUGUGCAUGUCAUUCCGAGGCGGAGAGGAGACUACGACCACAAAGGCGGCGGAGAUCAGCUUUACAACGCAAUGGACGGCGAGGACGGAGACGUUGGAAAGGCUUUUCUCGAUAUGCAGCGUCAACGCGGCGAGCUGGCUCGCCAGAGGAAAGAUUUCGCCAACGGUCCUGACGGCGACAGCGACAGGAAGCCCCGAAAUCAGGAGGAGAUGGCCAAGGAGGCAGUUUGGCUGAGGGAGGAAAUGGAAACAGACCGUGUGCGCGGCGAAGAAAAAGAACAAGACAACUGA